GCGGCGUCAGUCUGAAAAACAAUCGAAGAAGAAGAAGAAGCCGUCUGCAGUCAGCUGACCGCGCAGACUUAAAGCUAACAGUACCCGUGGCCGGUUCACCGGGACUUUCUCCGGUGUUCCCUCUCUGGAGCAGCGGAACAUGGCGUUCAUCACGGCCAGCUGGAACCCCCUGGGAGAAGCAUUUUACCGUAAGACAGAGCUGUAUGAGAUGAGCUGGACCCUGCGUGAUGGACUCAGAGACAGUCUGGUGGCUGCGGCGCCAUAUGGAGGACCCAUUGCCCUCCUCAGAGAACCCCACCGACGUUCUCCGAGUUCUCGUCCUCAACUGGAGAUCUACUCUGCAUCUGGAGUCGCCAUCGCCAGCUUCCCUUGGAAGAGCGGUCCGGUGGUCCACCUUGGGUGGACGGUCUGUGAUGAGCUGCUGUGUAUUCAGGAGGAUGGCACGGUUCUGAUCUACGAUCUGUUUGGAUCCUUUAAGAGACACUUCAGUAUGGGACAGGAAGUGGUCCAGAGUCAGGUGUUAGAGGCCAAGGUGUUCCACUCCCCUUAUGGAACAGGCAUUGCCAUAGUAACAGGCUCAUUCCGCUUUACUUUGGCCACCAACAUCGAUGACCUGAAACUCCGGCGGUUACCUGAAGUACCAGGUCUGCAGGGAAAGCCGUCCUGCUGGGUGGUCCUCACUCAGGACAGACAGACUAAAGUCCUGCUGUCCAACGGGCCAGAACUCUUCAUCCUGGACAACACAUCCUGCACUGCUGUGUGUCCUCCAGGUCUCAGUCCUCAGGCCGGCAGUAUCGUCCACAUGUCCAUGUCUUUCACCUAUAAGUACCUGGCUCUCUUCACUGACACCGGACACCUGUGGAUGGGCUUCUCCAACCUGCAGGAGAAACUGAGUGAAGUCCACACCAAGAAGACGACGAUACCCAAACAGAUGGUGUGGUGUCGCAGACCAAAGAGUCAGCAGCCAUCUGUGGUGCUGAUGUGGGACAGACUGCUCCUGGUGGUUGGGGUGUGUAAUGACACCAUCCAGUAUCCUAUUGAGGAUCCGUGUGUUUUGGUGGGAGAAAUGGAUGGGGUUCGAAUCAUCAGCUCAGCCAAUCAGGAGCUGCUGGAGGAAGUUCCUCUGGUCUGUCAGGACAUCUUCAAGAUCGCCUCCAUGGCUCCUGGAGCUCUGCUGCUGGAGGCCCAUCGGGAGUAUGAGAAGUCGAGUCAGAAGGCGGACGAGUACCUGCGGGAGAUCAAGGAGCAAAGCAUGCUGGGAGAAGCAGUUAGACAGUGUGUGGAGGCAGCAGGUCACGAGUACGACACCAACACUCAGAAAUCCCUGAUGAGGGCAGCGUCCUUUGGGAAGUGCUUCCUCACAGACUUCAGUCCGGAUCACUUUGUGACGACCUGCAGGGAGCUGCGAGUGCUGAACGCCGUCAGAGACAGCGCCGUGGGGCUGCCGCUCACGCACACUCAAUUCAAACAGCUGACUCUACAGGUGCUGAUUGACAGGUUGGUGUAUCGACAGUUUUACCCGUUAGCAAUUGAAAUCUGCCGUUACCUGAAGAUUCCCGAUUAUCAGGGAGUGAGCCGAGUCCUUAAACACUGGGCAUCAUGCAAGGUGCAGCAGAGGGACCUAGCAGAUGAGGCCAUAGCUCGAGCGGUGUGUGUGAAGGUGGGAGACUCACCAGGGGUUUCGUACUCUGACAUCGCAGCUAAAGCUUACGAAUGUGGACGGACCGAGCUCGCCAUCAAGCUCCUUGACUUUGAGGCUCGGUCUGGAGAGCAGGUCCCUCUGCUGCUGAAGAUGAAGAGGAGUCAGCUGGCUCUCAGUAAAGCUGUGGAGAGCGGAGACACUGACCUGGUGUACACAGUGGUGACUUACCUGAAGAACGAGAUGAACAGAGGAGACUUCUUCAUGACUCUGAGGAACCAGCCGGUCGCUCUGAGCCUCUACAGACAGUUCUGUAAGUUGCAGGAACAGGAAACUCUGAAGGAUCUGUACAACCAGGAUGACGAUCAUCAGGAACUCGCCAACUAUUACGUCACUGCGAGCUACAGAGAAAAGAGGUUGGAGGGCCGGCUGGCUCUCCUGCAGAGUGCUGUCGAUGAGUACAACAAGGCCAAGAAUGAGUUUGCUGUAAAGGCCACAGAGGACGAGAUGCGUCUGCUCCGUUUUCAGCGCAAACUGGAUGAUGAGAAAGGGGCGGGUCUUCUGGGACUGUCGCUACAGGUGACCAUGGAGACUUUGCUGUCAUUAGGACUCCACAAACAGGCAGAGCAGCUUUACAAAGACUUCAGAGUACCUGAUAAAAGGUAUUGGUGGUUGAAACUGAAGUCUCUGGCGGAGAAGGAGGAGUGGGAGGAGUUAGAGAAGUUCUCAAAGAGUAAGAAGUCUCCUAUUGGCUACCUGGCAUUUGUAGAAGUUUGCAUCAAGUGUAACAACAAGUACGAGGCCAAGAAGUAUGUUUCUAAGGUUACUCCUGAGCAGAAGAUGAAGGCUCACCUUGCCAUUGGUGACCUGGAGGGGGCGGCGGAUGCCGCCAUCGAGCGCAGGAAUGAUUCGGAGAUGGGGGCGGUCCUCUUCAGAUGCUCCGCCUCUGACCGCCUGCUGAUAGACCGGCUGAACCGAGCCCGGGCCACCGCCACCAAAAAGUGAGGCAUUACCACGGCAACAAACCUGUUUUCUGUGUGAGCAGGAAGUUGGAGCGGACCCAGCUACUGUUACUGAUUACUGAUCAACUGAUGCUUCUUUCUGCAUACAAAGCUAUGAAUUUUAUUCAUACUCUAGCGCCCUUCCUGCCCCUGUUCUUUCACAAUAAAAGCUUCGGUGUCUGUGCCUAGCAGGUGUUUGUUGUGAGAGAGGACAGGAAGUAUCUGAGGUGACUGCAUGUUUGUAUGUUUGUAUGUUUAAAUGGUUCAUGUCUGAUCAAUAAACAUGAAAAACACCGA